UUGGACCCCUGCCAGUGACGUUGGUGGUGGGUGUGUAUCGGUGUCACCUGCUGCCAUAUUUGUUGACACUAAAGUGGAACGCAAGCGAGAUAAAUUUGCAGGACAGCUGGUCAUCAUGUCAUCUCCAGAAAUCGCUUCCUUAUCCUGGGGCCACAUGAAGAUCAAAGGUUGUUCCACUUCCUAUAAAGACUGUAAAGUUUGGCCGGGUGGCAGUCGAGCCUGGGACUGGCGUGAAACUGGCACUAAUCAUCAUCCUGGUGUCCAGCCAGCUGAUCUGGAUGAGGUUCUUAGAAAAGGUGUACAGAAGCUGGUUAUAGGCAGAGGAAUGAGCGAAGCUUUACAGGUGCCUCCUUCCACCCUUGAAUAUGUGAAGAAACAGGGUGUGGACGUCCGGGUGUUCCAGACUGAGCAGGCUGUUAAAGAAUAUAAUGCUUUGGUGGGACAGGGGGCUAAAGUUGGUGGGGUUUUUCACUCCACAUGCUGAUGAUGUCAUUAACACAAACAUCUCAUUCAUUUCAGUGCCUAAACAAUUUAGAUGAUCUGCGUUUACAUAUUAAAAUGAGCAUAGAUGCAAUUUAAAGUACAUCAUUUUGUUUGAUGGAAAAUAUAUUUUUUGCUUUAUAAUCAUUAAAGCAUUCAGUCUCAGUUUUUAGUGUGCAGAUACGGCUCUUAAACAAGUAAAACACUGCAAGCUUGUCUACCUGAAGAGCGUCAACACUGUGGCUUUAAAAACAUUGCUUGUUUGACCAAUGGCAUAAAGGGGGCUUGAAAAGUCGCUUUCAUUUUUGCUCGCCCAUUUGCUUCUGGUAGUACUGCAAAAAAAAACAGUUUCAAACUGUGCUCGGUUGUUGACUGGAUAAUAUCACAACAAACACAAGUGAUACAAAGUUAACAAAAACUAUUUAUUUUAGAUAAAAAGCAUUUUUUAAG